AUGAAGAAAAUUGAUAACACCAAAGUUCGUCAUGUAAAGUCAGAACAACUGUUACGAAUAGAUGACCACGAUUUUGCCAUGAGACCUGGAUUUGGAGGUUCACCCAUUCCUGUUGGCAUUGAUGUGCAGAUAGAAAGUAUAGACAGCAUUUCUGAAGUUGAUAUGGAUUUCACCAUGACUUUAUACCUCAGACAUUAUUGGAAAGAUGAAAGACUGUCAUUCCAAAGUACUAACAACAGAAGUAUGACGUUUGAUGGAAGGUUAAUCAAAAAGAUCUGGGUGCCUGAUGUAUUUUUUGUUCAUUCAAAAAGAUCCUUUAUUCAUGAUACCACUAUGGAGAAUAUAAUGUUACGAGUGUAUCCAGAUGGUAAUGUGUUAUUCAGCUUAAGGAUUACAGUAUCUGCUAUGUGCUUUAUGGAUUUUAGUAGAUUUCCACUGGACACUCAAAACUGCUCUCUUGAACUGGAAAGUUACGCAUAUAAUGAGGAUGACCUCAUGUUGUACUGGAAACGUGGUAACGACUCUCUAAGAACAGACGAACAUAUUUCACUGUCUCAGUUUUUCAUUGAAGAGUUCAGUGCUUCCAGUGGUCUGGCACUGUACAGCAGUACAGGUUGGUAUAACAGACUUUUCAUCAAUUUCAUCCUUAGACGGCACAUUUUCUUUUUUGUGCUUCAGUCCUACUUCCCAUCGAUGCUGAUGGUGAUGCUGUCUUGGGUUUCUUUCUGGAUAGACAGAAGAGCGGUGCCUGCACGUGUAUCACUGGGUAUUACCACCGUGCUGACAAUGUCAACAAUUAUUACAGGAGUGAGUGCCUCAAUGCCCCAGGUGUCUUACAUUAAAGCUGUGGAUGUGUAUUUGUGGGUCAGCUUUCUAUUUGUCUUCCUAUCUGUCAUUGAAUACGCAGCUGUAAAUUAUUUAACAACUGUUGAAGAGAGGAAGCAGCUUAAAAGGAGAGGGAAGUCUUCAAUGACGCUGAACCUUGAUGCUGUGCAAGCAAUGGCAUUCGAUGGCUGCUAUCAUGACAGUGAAGCAGACUUGAACUAUUCUGUACACUCUGAGGAGAGUUCAUCUCGAGGACGUGCUGCCAGUGUGGCAACACUAGACGCUGCCCGUAUGAAGAGGAAAAGGUCCAUCAAAGGAAAUGUUGGCCGAAUAAUUUUGGAGAAUAAUCAUGCCAUUGACACUUACUCACGGAUUAUUUUUCCUGUUGUAUAUAUUUUAUUUAACUUUUUUUACUGGGGCAUGUACUUAUGA